AUGUUUGGAUACGAAUGCCUCCAAGCCAAUCACCCCGAUGACUCAGCCCACGCCGGUGCCGCAUUACUAAUAUCUAAUAAAAUCCCACACUCACCUUUUCCCCCUAAAUCUAAUCAACACAUGUAGAUAGUAGCUACAUCUAUAAAUAUUAACUCCAUACCAACUUCUAUUGCAUCUGCCUACUUUCCACCAGGAUCACCUUUUCCUACAGAAGAUCUGUCACUAUUUCUUCAAACACUAAAUCACACAUACGUCAUCGGCGCCGACUUCAACGCCAAGCACGAAACUUGGGGAUGCCACUCAAAAAAUACUAGAGGCCGUACUCUAAACAACUUUAUAACAAACAAGCGCUCCAAAAUCAUUUCUCCACCCUCCCCCACCUACUGGCCAACUCACGCAAACCGCCACCCUGAUUAUCUUGAUUUUUUCCUAUCCAACCUUCCCAAUCACAUCAAAAAAAAAUAUUUUUAACCUAAAUGACCCUGCUUCCGACCAUACACCACUUAUCCUCAAAAUUCAAGCAAAUGUUUACAUCCACCCAUUCGUCAAAAAACGCACAGACUGGAAUACAUUUCGCAAUAUUAUGUCAACUUCCUCCUCUUUAAACAUUAAGUUAAAAAACCCGACCGACAUAGAUACAGCCAUAAACACCCUCACAAACAACAUUCAAGAUACACUUCUAAUAUCUUCCACUACAGUGGCAACCCAAGAAAACUACAAAAGUCUUAUCACUCCAGAAAUAAGAGAGCUCAUCUCUCAAAAACGUCGGGCUCGAAACACAUGGCAACGAACUCAUUACCCGAUUGACAAACAACGGUACAAUUACUUCUCCAACAAACUCAAGUCAACUCUCAAGAAACAUAAAAAUCAACUAUACACCUCCCAUAUUCAAUCUCUCUCACCUUCAAACGGGUCUCUCUGGAGAAAAACCAAAUCUAUUCUAAAGCAUAAAUCUGCCAUUCCCCCCUCUUAUCCAUCAAAAUAACAAACUCGCUACCACCGACCAAGAAAAAAUAGAUUUCCUGGCCAACCAUCUUGCAAAUACAUUUAAACCUCAUAACAUUUUCCCUGAUGCUACUCACACACGUGAAGUUGAUCAAUUCAUCUCUUCACCUCUGCUCAUGGCACUUCCAGCCUCGCCCACUACUCCCGGCGAAGUUCUUCCAAUUAUUAAAACACUCAAGAAAAAUAAGUCACCCGGCCAUGAUCACAUAAAUAACACAACAGUGAAAAACUUACCACCAAAAACCAUUAUUCUUCUCACCUACAUCUUUAAUGCUAUAUUUCGACUAUCUCAUUUCCCUACCACAUGGAAAUCAGCGCUCAUUAUAACUAUACUUAAACCAGGCAAACAACCAGAUAUGCCCGAAUCCUAUAGACCAAUCAGUCUACUACUCACGCUUGGCAAAAUUUUUGAAAAACUUUUUCUCAAGAGACUUGUAAAAAUCGCACUCACACAAAAUGCCCUUCCCAACUUCCAAUUCGGUUUUCGAGCCAAACAUGCAACUUUUCACCAACUCCACCGUGUAGUAGAUCACAUUACUACAUCUCUAGAAACAAAAAAAUAUUUCUCAGGGCUUUUUCUGGACGUAGCUCAAGCCUUCGACACUUUCUGGCACGACGGUUUAUUAUUCAAACUUAAAAAAAUCUUUCCUGCACCGUAUUAUUUACUCCUAAAAUCAUACCUAAAUAACAGAACUUUCAGAGUCAAAUUAAAAACUACAUUAUCUAGCACACAUAACAUUCUAGCAGGUGUCUCUCAGGGAAGUGACAUCGCCCCGUUUCUAUACAUACUGUUCACAGCUGACAUUCCAUCAACGGACAACACCCUAAUAGGAACAUAUGCUGACGACAUCGCAAUACUUUCAUCCAGUCAAGAACCACACGAAGCAAGCGGCCUACUUCAAAACCAUCUGAACAGCUUAUCCAACUGGUUCAAUUCAUGGAAAAUUAAGAUCAACGACUCCAAAUCCUCUCAUAUCACUUUCUCCCUCCGCCCCGGAAACUGUCCUCACAUAAUAUAUGAGAACGCAAUCAUCCCUCACACAAACGAAGCCAAAUAUCUUGGUCUACUGUUUGACAGAAGGCUCACCUGGAGCCCCCACCUCAAAACCAAACGUAAACAAUUAAAUAGCCACUUACACAUCCUUAGGCCUCUCAUGAAAUCAAACAUGUCCAUCUCCAAUCGUCUACUACUCUAA